AUGGUCGUCUCUGUCCGGCGUCUCCCCGUGCUGCCGUACGCCCAUGCCGUUGCCCGCAAGAUCGUGCUGUACUGUGGCGACAUUACGAAGCUAGAGGUCGAUGCGAUCGUCAAUGCGGCGAACCCGACGCUGCUGGGCGGAGGUGGCGUGGAUGGCGCCAUUCAUCGCGCAGCCGACCACCCUGAAUUCCUCGCCGAGUGCCGCCGCCUGGGCGGCUGCCGCACGGGCGAGGCCAAGACCACGAAUGCGUACCGCCUGCCAUGCAAGUCGGUGAUCCACACGGUCGGGCCCGUGUACUCGGAGCACUCGCCAUCCGAGGCACGACGCCUGCUGCAGUCAGCGUACCGCCACAGUCUGCUCGAAGCCGUGCGCCACCAGCUGCGCACCGUGGCCUUCCCAUCCAUCUCGACCGGCGUGUACGGCUACCCGAAGGAAGACGCCACGAAGGCCGCGCUCGAAGAGGUCACGACGUUCCUCGCCAGCGAGGCCGGCUCGGCCCUGCAGCUCGUGGUCUUUUGCUGCUUCUCGGAGCACGAUUUGGCGGUGUACCAGCGCACAGCGCCCAUCUUCUUUGGUGCGGCACUAUGA